UUUUAAUAUUUUCGUAAUAAGAAAAUGCGCUUAUAAGGUUUGAAGUUUCGGUUUUAUGUUUAGGUAGCAGUAUUUUUAUUAAAGAAUCGCAAAAAUCGGUGAGUGAUUAAUACGAGAGUACUUUAAGGAAAGUGUGAUCAAACUAAUGCGACACAAUCAUUGGUAAUUACUGAGGAAAUGAAGUUAAAGAUUUAAGUAUAAAUAAAGAUAUGAGUACCCAAAAAGGAAAUUGUAACCGAUUAAGACCACAAAAGCAUCAGAAUCAAACAGCUUUUAAAAAUGAUUUGCAUGAUAAAUCAAAUAAAACAAAAUUUAUUAAUAGCAUUGAUGUUAAACAUGUAUGUGAAAGAUGUAAAAAAAUAAUUGAGUGGAAAAUUAAAUAUAAAAAAUACAAACCAUUAAAAACACCUGCAAAGUGUAUAAAAUGUGAACAGAGAACUAUAAAACAUGCUUAUCAUAAUAUGUGUUUAUCUUGUGCUACACAAUAUGAAGUUUGUGCAAAAUGUGGUGAUAAAGGUACUAUUAUUGAAGGAGAACCGGAUAAAGAAGAAACUAUUAAAUUAGAUUUAGAAUUGCAGAAUUUGCUUAAGGAAUUAUCUGAACGGAAACGUAGAACAUUUAUACGUUACAUUAAUCGUAAUGUUACAAAUAAAAAGGAUAAAUAUGUUGUGGGCAACAAAAAAGAAAAUACAAAUGAAGGAAAGGAGCAAGAAAAAAGUGUUGUAAAAGAAAUAUUAUCCAAAGAAGAUUUGUUAUUAAAAUUAAACUCAUUAAUGAUUAAAGAAGAAGAUAAUGAUGAUUUUAACAUUGAUAAUGAUAUCGAUUCAAAUUGA